AUGGAGAAGCAAUAAAUCAGCAAAUCAUUUACCUACAUUCCUACUGAGGAGAAACAGAAAGAUCGGGAAAAAUAAUUGGAUGUACAUUAAAAAUAACUCCUUCAUCCCAAGCUUAAAUGGACAGCUAUAUUGUUAGCAUUACUUUCAGUUAUUCUAUACUCAAUUGGAGCAUUCAUCCAAAUCCACUUCGAAGAAGACUCUACAGCCCUUUAUUUGAUCGCCUCCAUCUGUCUAUUGCCUCUCACCUACUGCUUAUUCAAAGUGUGUAAAAAGAAAGAAGAUUUGUGA